AUGGCUCUUCAAUUGCUCCCAAGAGCAGAAGCGCAGGGGGCAGACCCUACACAAACCCUCAAUGCAGCAUUGAAGAAUUUUGAGAAUAUCCUGACAGAGGACCAAAAACGAGACUAUCAAAAAAGCACCGCGACACCAGAUAUCGCGAGUGUCAUAGAGUUUGUUGCAGAAAUCGAUGCUAGAAAUAGCAGUACAACGAGGAGGUGCGUGGCUCCACGGCUAUGUACCUUCUUAGAGGCAACACAACAGUUCACUGGCGUCGUGGAAACAUUCGUUAGCUCUAAUCCGAUAAUCGCCGCCCUCGUCUGGGGAGGUGUAAAGACUGCUAUAUUGACGGCGAGCAAUGUGGCCUCCUACUUUGACAAAGUCACAAGUAUGAUCAUGCGCAUCGGCAAAUUCUCUCCGACAUAUCAAAAAUUCGGCCCACUCUAUCCCGACUGCAUUGGUCUCCAACGUGCCCUUUGUGAUUUCUACGCUAUCACCAUCAAUCUGUGUGUCAAGAUCAUCGAAGUCUCCCGUCGAACCGCCCUUAAGCAAACUCUUUCGUCGAUACUAAAUCCCUUUGAAUCCGAGUUCAAGCCAUUCCUUGAUCUGCUAAAUGAAGCUACACAUAAGAUCGACCUAGAGGUGUCACUCGCAUCAAAGCAAGCAGACAAAGAAGCAAAAAAGCUGCUAGAAUAUGAAAGUCAACAGAAUUCAACAUUCCGACCUUUGGCCCGAAGCUUCUUCCAAAAAUCACUGAAACAACAAGCAGAGGCAAACGAGAGGCGAAUGAAAUUGAAAAAAAGUGAAAUGGAGAAGUUGAAGACAAUCAUUCGAAACAACCUUUCUCCUAUCGACCAUGACCGUCCUUUGAGACAGAUCAUGAAGCAACGGGUCCCAGCCACGGCUGAGUGGUUUCACAAAGAGUUGGUCUUUGAUAAGUGGAAAAUGGAUCCGCAAUCUGCGAUACUCUGGUGUUUAGGCACCAUAGGCAUGGGAAAGACAGUGAUCAUGUCUAAUGUGGUGGAUCAGUUACGAUUACAUACGGCCCGCAAGAGAAAUGAGAUCGUAUGCUACUACUUCUGUCGUGUUGACAAUCAAGCAACUUUAUCUGCAAGGAGCAUUCUUGGAAGUCUUGCUCGUCAAAUUCUCGAUCCUCAGAUUGAACAAAGCGAAUAUGAAACUCUACUCUCUUUACAGGAGACCACCCGGGAUCUUACCACGACUGAAGUUGUUCAGUUCUUGCUAUCUCAUAUGGGGGCUGAUGAGGGUAAGAAGUACUAUGUUGCCCUGGACGGACUAGACGAAUGUGAUAUAAAUCAGGUUCGAGCAGUGGAACAGGCUAUGGUUAAACUCUGCAGCAAGUGCAUUGGUUUCAAAAUCCUCUGCGCGGGCCGACCUGGUCUUGAAAAACGGUUCAAUUCGACUGUACCACAGUACAGAAUCAUGGUGAAUGAGGAAAAGGUCAAGUCGGACAUGGAUCACUAUCUUACCCAGACUUUGGAAAAGUGUUUGGACGAUAAGGUUUUGAUUCUUGGGGAUUCAACAAUUUUCAAGAAGAUAUACAGCACAUUACGGGACAAUUCUGACGGAAUGUUCCUUUGGGCAGCUCUUUGUAUUGAAGAGCUUUGUGUACAGAAUUGUGAUCACGAUAUUCUGGAAACACUGAAUCAUCUUCCACACAGCUUGGCUGAGCUCUAUGAUCGAAAGCUUCGUCGUGUUCGAGAGGGAAGGGCGGCUGGCCAGGCAAUGAAACUCCUACAAUAUUGUGGGAUAGUGAAACGGCCAUUAUCAGUCAUGGAGUAUCGAGAGGCCCUUAGUCUUUCCCUCGAACAGAAGGCCUUUGACCGUGGGAAGGUUCCCAACGACAUGAAUAGGGUUGUCAAUAGUUGUUGCGGAUUAACAUUCGUUGAUGAAGAGGAAGACACUAUACACUAUGUUCAUCGUAGUGUGAAAGAACAUCUUUUUACCAUGAAUGGUCAACACACAGCGCUGUUCGAGAUUGCAAGCGUCAACCGGGAUUUUGGGUUUCUUUGCAUGAUAUAUCUGGAUUUCACCGACUUCAAGCGUCAGUUAUCGAAAGUUCACAAUGGUUCCAGUAUUCCUAUCAUGCCCAUUCAGCUCGGUACCAGUCCUCUACCCACCCGUCCUUUCAUCAGAGCCACCAGUCAGAUACCCCAAAGACUUCUUUCCGGCCAUCGCCAGCUACAGAAUUUCAGCACUCGAGAGGUAGAGAGAAAGGCGCAGGAUAUACUGGGAGAUGCGACUUCUUCCCAGCUGGGGCUAGAACUCCAUAAGCAAGGGUUCCAGUUUCUCAACUACGCCAAGGCUUACUGGCACCAACAUCUGGCUGAUUUUACUCCAGAUAUGAACAGUACCAUGUGGCGUUUGUUUUGCCGGUGCAUAGAAGGUGAUGAUGUUGCUUCACACAGACCGUGGGAGUCAGAGCAGCAGACCUACAAGAAGGGAAAUGAUAUACCAGCGGCUAUCCAAUGGUUAUUGACCCAUAGGCAUUAUGCAUUACUUUUAUACUAUGCAAGCCAUCAGUCCCACGUUUUGUCUGAAAAUGUGAGGGUUAAAAUCCUUCGCGACGUCGACAUCUACAAUCGUUAUCGAUAUACUGAGGCAAUUCUUCGCCUUAGCAGUACCAAUGAUGUUUUGAAUAAUGGAUUGUCAUAUGCUGUGCUAAAUGGGUGUAUUCGUUCCCUAACAAUGUUGCUCCAAGCGGGGGCUGAAGUCAAUGCUCAAGUAAAUGGCCGAACAGCUCUCCAAGCGGCUGCAGAAGGGGGUCAUCUCGAUGUGGUACGGACACUUCUAGCAGCAAAAGCAGACAUCAACGCAUCUCCUGCUAAAGAUUAUGGCCGAACAGCUCUCCAGGCGGCAGCGGGGCAAGGCCACCUCGACGUGGUACAGACACUUCUAGUAGCAAAAGCAGACGUUAACGCAUCUCCUACUCAAUCAAAUGGCCGAACAGCUCUCCAGGCGGCAGCGGAGCGAGGCCACCUUCACGUGGUACAGAUACUUCUAGCGGCAAAAGCAGACGUCAACGUAUCUCCUGCUCAAGUAAAUGGCCGAACAGCUCUCCAAGCGGCAGCGGAGCAAGGCCAUCUCGACGUGGUGCAGACACUUCUAGCAGCAAAAGCAGACGUUAACGCAUCUCCUGCUGAGACUUACGGCCAAACAGCUCUCCAGGCGGCAGCAGGGAGAGGUCACCUCGACGUGGUACAGACACUUCUAGCAGCAAAAGCAGACGUUAACGCAUCUCCUGCUGAGACUUACGGUCAAACAGCUCUCCAAGCAGCAGCAAAAGGGGGUCACCUCGAUGUGGUACAGACACUUCUAGCAGCAAAAGCAGACGUCAACGUAUCUCCUGCUCAAUCAAAUGGCCGAACAGCUCUCCAAGCGGCAGCAGAAGGGGGUCAUCUCGAUGUGGUACAGACACUUCUAGCAGCAAAAGCAGACGUUAACGCAUCUCCUACUCAAUCAAAUGGCCGAACAGCUCUCCAGGCGGCAGCGGAGCGAGGCCACCUUCACGUGGUACAGAUACUUCUAGUAGCAAAAGCAGACGUCAACGUAUCUCCUGCUCAAGUAAAUGGCCAAACAGCUCUCCAGGCGGCAGCAGGGGGAGGUCACCUCGACGUGGUACAGACACUUCUAGCAGCAAAAGCAGACAUCAACGCAUCUCCUGCUGAGACUUACGGUCAAACAGCUCUCCAGGCGGCAGCGGAGCAAGGUCACCUCGACGUGGUACAGACACUUCUAGCAGCAAAAGCAGACGUUAACGCAUCUCCUACUGAGACUUACGGUCAAACAGCUCUCCAGGCGGCAGCAGGGGGAGGUCACCUCGACGUGGUACAGACACUUCUAACAGCAAAAGCAGAUGUUAACGCAUCUCCUGCUGAGACUUACGGCCAAACAGCUCUCCAGGCGGCAGCAGGGGGAGGUCACCUCGACGUGGUACAGAAACUUCUAGCAGCAAAAGCAGACGUUAACGCAUCUCCUGCUGAGACUUACGGUCAAACAGCUCUCCAAGCAGCAGCAAAAGGGGGUCACCUCGAUGUGGUACGGACCCUUCUAGCAGCAAAAGCAGACAUCAACGCAUCUCCUGCUAAAGAUUAUGGCCGAACAGCUCUCCAAGCGGCAGCGGAGCGAGGUCACCUCGAUGUGGUACAGACCCUCCUAGCGGCAAAAGCAGAAGUCAACGCAUCUCCUGCUAAAUAUAGAGGACGAAGAGCUCUCCAAGCAGCAGCAGGAGGAGGUCACACUGAGGUGGUGCAGGCAUUGCUAGCAGCGAAAGCAGACGUCAACGCACCUGCUAGUUCUAGUGGACGAACAGCUCUCCAAGAAGCAGAAAGAGGAGGUCACACUGAGGUGGUGCAGGCAUUACUAGCAGCAGGAGCCAAUGACAACGCCUCUGAUGAGGAAUGGAUAGUCAAACCAGAAGGGGACGCAGUCUUGAAGUGGUGGAGACGUUGA